AUGGCAUCUCUUAAACUGAUCGGGAUUUCGUUCCAAAAAGCCAUCGAACUAAUCGAUAAUGUCAAAAUCAUGAUUCUAGUUUCGCUUGCUGGUUCUGUUGCUUAUGAUUUCCACAAUUUCGGCACGAAGAGCAAUAUAUCAUUAGAUGCGCAAGCUACCGUAAUCUCUGCUCAUUUUCUUGGAUUCUUUAUUUGGCUGGUAGACACUGCAAUCACUGAAGUUUACAGUGUUUAUCUUUUCCUUGGGGUCUCCAUUCUCACUUUCAUCUUCUUGAUGUUCAGUGACUCUGACGCUCCGGUCAAAAAGGUCCAAAAAUCUGAGAAGACUGUCCUCGGCGUAUCUUAUCCAAUUUUGGAAUGUUUGAUCUACUGGCUCAGCUUCUUCACUUUUAUCCCAACUGUUCUUGCUUUUCUCGUUGAUUUCCUGUUUUUUAUCCAAUACUUUCAUAUCAGCAUACCACUGUACUCCCAGAUGAUUGUGUCUUUAAAUUAUACAGUUAUGAUUGGGUAUCAGUACUUUCGUUAUAUUUUUCAUCUUUUUCCAAACUUGGAGGGAACCAGUUCCAAGCAUUACCUCUGUGAGGUAUCCCAACUUGUGGCAUUUUCUUUUGUUUUCUUCAAUCCCUGGAGACCAACGGACAAAAAUAUUUUCAAGUAUUUUGAAUACACGACUCGUGCUCAAAAACUCGCCAUCCCUCUUCUUUUUGUUUCUCUGGUUUUCAAUUGUUUGAUUUAUUUUUUGAUUGGGUGUGAUUCGACAAAUGAGAAAACAUCGAAAUCUGAAGCUUCAAAAGUUGGAGAGACAAAGGAGAAGAACCGUCGGCAGAAAAGAAGACAUAACAAGAAUAGAACUUGA